AUGAAACUAAACCCUGUUCCGUUUAAGUUCUAUAAUUUUGUUGGUUCCUGUACUGGUUUAGUUUGUCUUAAUGGGUGCUAUGAUAAUGAGGGGGUGAACUAUGAACCAGUUUAUAUCUGUAAUCCCAUCACUAGAGAAUGUGUAUUUUUACCUGAAUUUGAGAGAACAGAUGAUCAUGGUGUACGAUUGUUGACUGGAUUCGGUUAUGUUUCUAAGACGAAUGAGUACAAGGUUGUGAGAAUGUAUAAAUUGUUGAAAGAGCCCAAUUUUGUACAUGCUGAGGUAUACACACUUGGAAGUGGCAAGGGAUGGAGAAACUUAGGGAAGAAAUUCGACAAAGACCUGGAUUCGUUUGUUUCUAUAUGUGGCGUGCUUGUCAAUGAACUUGAAUGGCUUUGUUGGCAGCUUAAAAAUGGCAAAGUUGUGGCUUUUCUUUUGUCUUGUGAAAUGAUGAUAGAAGUACCUACAAGUAUUUCCACUUCUUGGGAGUAUAAACUUGGGGUUUUAGGGGGUUCUUUGUCGGGUACUUACUAUGAUAGAGAUUCCAAUACUUAUGAUGUAUUGCUACUGAAGAAGGAGAAGGAAAAUGGGCCAUUCAGAUGGACUGAAGAGUUUAGUCUAAGCGGCACACAUGCUCAUGAAUGGCUCGGCCUUACUUGUAGGCGUGCACUUUUAUGUUGGUCAGAGACAAAGGUCCUAAUUCAAGACCUAAAUUCUGUAUAUCCAAAACUGCUUGUGGAUUUUAAGGUUAAAUGUAUACAUCAAGCAAUCCCGCAUAUGAACACCUUGGUUUCACUAAAAGCAUUAGGAGAAGAAAAUACAAACAUAAUGGAAACAGCUGACAUACCAAGAUAG